AUGAUGGAUCCUUCAUGCACCUCAACUUCUGUCAGUGGCUUCUACAACUUUCUCACUCAUGAACUCAACAAUCUUGAUCAAUCUUUCCUCUCCCAUAGUUUCAUGUCAAUCCAAUUCCUUCAGAAGGUACUCUCAUCUCUCAAGUCCUUCCAUUAUCAGUUGACCACUUUGGUUCAAAAGCUUCACUUACCCAUAGGAGAGAAGUGGCUCGAUGAGUACAUGGAUGAAAGCUCCAGGCUCUGGGAAGCCUGCAAUGUUCUUAAAUUAGGAGUCUCUUGCAUGGAAAAUGUUUUCGCAGCUGGUGCCAAUGUCCUGUCCUCCACAGAUGAGUUCCACUACUACUUGAAUGAACAAACUUCUAACCAGGUUAUCCGGGCAGUAAGUGCAUACCAAAUGGAAAUUAUUGGUUUGGAACAUGAUAAUAAGGCCUUGAUGGAAACAAGAAUUGAGCAGCUAUCACUACGCAUCAAUGAAAACAUUAUCUCAAUGGGGUCCAAGUUCAAUGGGUUCAGUGGCUUUCGUGGCGUCAUGUAUGCAAUGAGGAACGUCAGCUCAUUGCUUUUGAUGAUCCUGCUAAGCGGGAUUGUAUAUUAUUUGCCAGGAUCAAGUUUUCAAAAGGAAGGAGGGCUGGAAGGCAGUUUGAUAUUUGGCUCAAAUUUCAUGGUUUCGGUAGCAAGAUUGCAGCGAAGAGUGGCUAAUGAGUUCGAGCAGAUCCCUGGGCCGCCUCAUGGAUUGCUUCUUCAUGAGUUCCGGGAAACGAAAUCUGCGAUGGAGGAGGUGAGAGGUGAGUUGGAGAGAAUGGUGGAGCAUGAAGCAGAGAUUCAUGAUAUCCAAGAUAGGGUCGACAAGUUGAAAAGUUGCUUUGGGUUGUUGAGAAGUGGGGUUGAGGCUAUAAUUGAGCAGCUUGAUGACUUCUUUGAUGAAAUAGUGGAGGGAAGGAAGAAGCUUUUGGACAUGUGCACUCAUAGGUAG